AUGUCGUAUCCGCAGCAUCCGUCGCCUGCGGGCGGCGCCUUCGCUGCUGCGAGCCCCAGCGUCAUUCGCAGCCAACCUCUUCCCUCUGUUCCUUCUCAGCCGCAGAUGAUCCCAGGCAUGGGCAUGCAGCAGCCACACUUUCCUCCGCAACAGCAGCACCAGCCGAUGCCUGGCCAUCCCAACCUGCACCGCCCAAUCGCCUCACUGCCUUCCCACGCCCGUCACAUGCAGCCUCCACAGACACCUUCGGCACGUCCGAUCAUGCCUGGCGGACGCCUUCCGCAACAUCUUGGUGGCGCGCGGAUGACCCACCCAUCGGCUGAUCCGAGCGCAUCCUUCAAGCGGCCCAAACUGGUGGGCGACGGCUACGAAGCGUCCUAUCUCGUGCCCGGCCCCAGCAACCGCAUUCUACUAUCGCUCAAGUCGGGCUUGCCCGUCCAGAUCGAUUGGGCCCUCUCCCGACUGGUCCACGUCACCGCCAACAAUCGCGACCCAGCGGCACGCGAGUUCACCCUGGACAGCGUCCCCGGCCUCGCCGACGCCCUCAUCUCCUACGUGCGCAGGACUCACGCCGCUCUCACAGACCAGCCCGCCUCGCAAUGGGCAGCGUCCUAUUUCGAGCAGCCCGCAGACACCAUCGACGUGGGUGUCGGCGCUCCCGGCGACACAGGCCACUCUGGCACCACCAGCUCCUCGCUUUCACUAACUCUCGCCAGGAACGCAUCCUCUUCACACAUCCAGGCCGGCCCAUUCAACCCGGCCAUUCAUGCAGAUCACGCCAUCCUCAUGCGGCGCACGCUUGAGGCGGCUCUGGCGCUGCGCAACUUUGCCACACACAGCGCCAACAUCCGCAGCUUGGCCGCCGUCAAAGGCAUUUUCGCCCUCAUCCGCGAUGUCCUCUCACUUCCAAUCACAGCCGUCCGCAACGGCGUCAGUCACACGUCCUCGCACGAUACAGGCUCCUCCUCUCACGAAGAUGGAUGGCUCGAGAUGGAUGGGAUCGCCGAGCUACGCUUGUACUUCCUCGACAUUCUGGAAUCCCUCGCAUCCAGAGUCGUACUCACGCGUCGCGCGCCCAACGCCUCGUCCAACCCUCCAUCCGCCAAUGGCACCCUCUCGCACUCGGCCGAGGCCAGGCCGCCAACCAGUGCGAACUCCCCUGGCGACGACAUAUUUGCAUUGCUGCUCUCCUUUGCGCUGCAUUCCAAGGACCGCGCUUUCCUGUUGGGCUCGCUGCGAUGCCUCGGUACGAUGGCAGCCAACGAACGCAACGAAGCUGCCUUUGUCGAAUCUACGCAACCAGAUGCUCAGCAGUCUCCGGGUCUUUUGCAGCGCUGCGUCGAGUUGCUGCCCGUCACGCAGGACGUCGAGCUGCUCGAGCCGCUUCUCGACCUGCUGUACCAGCUCGUGUGCAUCGGCAACAACGCCAUCAAGAUUGCUUCCGCGCUCUCUUUGGAUUCUCGCCGUCCCCGUUCCCCCUCGUCGGGCCAACUUACGGCAAGCAAUGGUCGCACCGGCGCUUCCAGGUCGGACCCGCGCCUCGGUACUCGUGCCACAGCCCGAACAGCCGCGCUCGUGCGCUUCCUGUCGCGCAAUCUGCAGCUCGGUCGCACCAUGUGGGAGCGCGUCAUGCCGCUCCGAGUGCCGCAGGACUGGAUCGUGAGCAUCCCGAACCGCCAGCUCGAAGCGAUGCGCCGCUCGCGUGAAGUGCAGAUGCGCCUGGCGCGCGAGACGCCCGAGGAGCGUGCUCAACGCAAAAAGCUCACGCGCCGAGAACGACGCGAGAUCGCAGGCCUCAAGGAGCCCGAGCGCGGCAUCGCGUGGAUGCAGAUGGUCUUCCAACGCAACCCGGAGCGGGAAGUGACGCAGAUGGAGUUCUGGACGGCGUACAAGGAGGAGUUCCAGGUGAACAACGACGGCGUGCCAUUACAGGCGGCAGCCGAGCUGAUCCGCGCAGUCAGCACCGUGUUUCCGCAAGCGGCAGCCAUGGUGAUCCCAGCUCAGGAGAAACAGCCGCAGCGGUUCGUGAUCCGGGGCAUCGACGUCAAGGAGCGGCAGCGCGACCAGCUCGAACCUUGCCGGUGUUGCUGGUCGACGUGUCCGGCACCGGAGACCAACACGCUCGAGGCUCAAAAGAAGCACGCCAAGCUGCACGUCGAGCAUGCUGCCGACGGACGCUGCCGAUGGAAGAAUUGCAGCUUUGAUGUCAAGAACAGCCCGGGCGCUGGUGCUGUGGUGGAGGUGCAGCAAGUGCUCAUGGCGCACGUGCUCACCCAUCUCAAGACCGAUGGUUCCGCGGCCGCAAAGAAGGCACGAAAGCUCGGCAUUGUGGUGGAUGACGACUUGAAGGUGGUGUCGGGUGCCACGCACACGGGCGAGGCCGCUCCCAUCGUCACCGGCAAGGGUGUUAACGGCGCCCGGGCGCUACGAGCGCGAAGGAAAUCGGAUGGCGGCGAGAUCUCUUUCACCUUGGACAAGGCCGAUCCGGCCCAAGCGAGCGGCAACGUUCGUGAGGCCAAGGUAAGCCUCAGUGCGGCUCGUUCGGACGGCACGGUGGACAACCCGGGCAUGUACGUGUUUGACGUUACGCGAACGCCGACGACGGGCAACGACGAUGCGCUGUCACCGAUGGGGCCCGCUUUCACGUCGGUGCUCAUCCUGCGCAUGCUAACCCGACGAGCGGCGUCGUUAGUGCAGAAGGCCGGCACGAAGGAGGACGGUGAGGGUGAAGAGCAGGCCGACGCUGCGGCGAUGCGAGGAUUCGGCGACGAAAAGUUUGGACUGCCGCUACCGGCCAACUUUGGAGCGUCGGAGCGCGGAAAGCAAUCGGAGGCGGGAGAAAAAGGGGAUGUGGCCGACGAGGGCGCCGAUGGCUCAGCGCUCGGUGGAGACGAGGAGGACUACGAGACGACCGCAAGCUGGGCGGUGGAGAGUGCGAACCGCGUGCUGGAUGCAGUGGAGAGCGUGGAAGAGGAACUGAUGCACCAUGCGAGCGAGAACGACAUUCUGUCUUCGUACAUCAACGAGACGCUCAUGGAGCUGCGGCGCAGGCCGACCAAUUCGGUGGCGAGCUCCAAGGCGUCGACGUCGGCGUCCUUGGUGGGUCGAGUGGACCCGAGUCUGUCCUUGUAG